AUGUCGACCGUCAAUCCCUCCGCAAGGCCCGCGGCUGCGAAUGCGAACGCGGGACCAGGACAAGGACAACAGGAGUCGCCAUUCCGCAAAUUUUUCGGCAUCGCGCAGCAAUUGUUGAUGAUAUGGGUAAUAAUGCAAUUGGCGACCAGGUUUUUUUCACCCGCGACGCCGCCAGCAGCGCCCCCAGUACCAUCCACAGGCGACGUUGCGCAAGCGCAGCCGGGCUCCGUCCCACAAUCAAAUGUACCUGCUGAAGUGCACCCCAUAUGGCCGCUCGGCAUCCCCCUCGCGAUGCACGUCCACCUGUCGACGUCCCCGACGGGCAAUGUGUUCUCGCCGCGGUGGAAGGAUCAGGACGGCGGACUGCCCAGCUUCGUUUGGGCAAACAUUACGUAUGGAGACUGGAAGGAGUCCCGGACGGCGGAGUAUGAGAUCGAUCUCCCUCUGACUGUGCAGCAUAACGGAUCUUUAUGGGCGGAUGUGUUCCUUGUUCGGGAUGGCGCCAGCCCUGAUCCAUCGAGUCCUAAAUUUGACCCGAGUUCCGUGCAUCAUAUCAGGAAGUUAUUGACGCACUACUUCCCACGUGCGAAGGUUCGUAAGGAAAAGAACUUGCUCAAGGGUGCAGAGGAUGAGAAUGCAGAGGAGGAAGAACCUGAAGUAGAUGUCAUUGUAUCACACUGGCAUAAUAAUCUCACCCUGGCAUUGAUAUCGGACGACUCAGACAUCCCGGUGAAUCAGAUGGCUCCUCCGGUAGCUCAAUUUGUUGAAAUCGUUCCUCCUGGGUUCUACAAGCCCAUUAUCUUCCCGAACGAGUUCUGGCACCUGCGCUCGCAGUACGUCGAGAUCAACACGACAACGCCACGUUUCCCGCUCCAGGUGACAUUCCAGCCUAUGUCGUACUGGAAGUUCAACCUGUUCGCGUCCAUGACGCAGGGGUUCAAUGACGCGGAGAAGCAGAAUGGUGGCGCGGCUAGCGCGGAGCUAGACGAGCUCAAACGGAUGCUCAUCGAGACGAACCCAUACUUCUUGGGCUUGACGGCGCUCGUCAGUAUCUUGCAUAUGGUGUUCGAGAUGCUCGCAUUCAGCUCAGAUGUCUCGCAUUGGAGACAGAAGCGGGAACUUGUCGGUGUUUCAGUGAGAUCAAUUGUCACGAACGUUGUGGUCCAGACGAUCAUUCUACUCUAUCUCAUCGACAAUAGUGAACAAACGAGCUGGAUGAUCUUGUUUUCUUCGGGGAUUGGAAUACUAAUUGAAGCUUGGAAAAUCACAAAGGCAGUUGACAUCAGUAUUGUCAACGGAGAUGCGGGCUCUUUGUUGCCCUACAAGCUUGAGAUCAAAGAUAAACACGUUCUUAGCGAGGAUGAGAGGAAGACGCAAGAAUACGACAAGCUUGCGUUCCGCAUCGUGGCAUACUUCGCAAUCCCUUGUCUCGCUGUCUACACGCUCUAUUCGCUACUCUACGAAACCCAUAGAGGGUGGUACAGUUUCAUCAUUUCGACGCUGACGUCGUUCGUCUACAUGUUCGGCUUCGCACAACUGAUCCCACAGUUGAUCAUAAACUAUAAGCUUAAGAGUGUUGCUCACAUGCCGAUGAAGGCAAUGAUAUAUAAGUCCCUCUCUACAGUUGUGGACGAUUUUUUCGCGUUCUGUAUCAAGAUGCCAUUUUUGCAUCGCCUUGCCUGCUUCCGCGAUGACGUGGUCUUCCUCGUCUUCCUAUAUCAGCGGUGGAUAUACCGGAUCGACCCCAAGCGCGUGAAUGAGUACGGUCAGGUGAUGGUGUCUGAAGUGGCUGCCGUACAGGAGAAGGAGGCGAAAGAGGGGACGGAGACGAAGAAGAACAAGUGA